CAUACACGCCCGUUGGAUAUAUUUUUCUCUGUUCUCGUUCCAUCAUUGUGGUUCACAGUCGGUUCAAGUUAUUGCAUACGAACGGAUUGGUCUUGUCAUCGUGAUAUGUUCGCUUUCUUGUACGAAUAAUUUCUUCGAUCGCUCUCGUUAUAGAAGAAGAAGAAGAAGAAGAAGAAGAAGAAGAAAAAAAUAAAUUAAUUAAACGGCGGAUAUGGCGGACGAGGAGAAUAAGGAAGAAACUGAUCGAGAGGAGGAUAAGGAAGGUUGCUUCAAAUGCGGUUCAACCUCCCCGGAAACUCCCAAGGUCUAUGGAUUAAGCUUCAAGUUACUCGGAUUGUCACCGGAACUGGGACAACGGGUGCACUUCGCGGAGGGCACGAACUUACGGUGCCGCGAAGAUAAGAAAUCGCCGACCAAUGAUGAUGAGGAAAGGUUGGCAACAAUGGAUGGCUCUCUUCCGCCGAUUCUCAUCUCUGACGAUGAUACUCGUGCGGAGGGGUUGCGAAUGGUGUGAAAAUAACGAAUAUAUUGUAUAAAGUGGUGGAAGAAAAAUGUUUAGAGAGAGUGGGACGAAAGGGAUGAAAGAUGCUUGAAAGUAGGAAAAAAAUUUGUGUAUGAAUAUUCGUGGUAGUAAAUGGUUAGAGAUUGGUUAGAAAAAGGAUGAAAGAUGCUUAUGUAGGGUGCUUAUCUAGAUAAUUAAAUACAGCUUUCUUCCGAAUAAUGUGAAUGAAAGAUAGUUGGAUUUUAUUUUUAAUAAUUAAAUUAAUGUGUAUGUUAAUAUAUAAAUUAUAUAUAUAUAUAUAUAUAUAUAUUAUAUUUAGAGUUGAAUAAUAUGAAG